CCGAAUCACAAACUAAUCCAAACCCUCCUUAACAUUCGUGCUUGACCAAACAUCUAUUUCUAUUGUAAAUAUCUCAACUCAACUCAACGGUCCAGAUCAGAUCCUAAGUUAUAGAAGUGACCCCCAGUUGAUGAAUCAGCACAGUUAUCUGAUCUGAUCCUGAUCAUUGCAGCUUACCAUAAAUUUUUUUUUGGUUAAAAGGCAGCUGACCAUAAAUAUUAAAUAUAUACCCGGCAAAGUUUCCUUUCACAAUUGAUUUUAUUAUUACAUUCGUUUUGUUUGUUUGUACUGGGAAUCAAGAGGACCAAACAAGCCCUUAUCAGAGCCUAAUCAUAGAAGGGAGCUAAAGACAGAGAGAGCGAGAGAUAGCUGUUGUUACCCUUUUCAAGGCCAAUUCAUCCGGCACUUCCUUCGGUACUAUUCUUUCUCUUUCUGCCUGUAUAUAUAGAUUAUAGAAUUCACAAACCCCGAUUAUUUGGUCGUUGAUUUGCUCUUCAGCUGUGUUCAGCAUAAAAGAUGACUACACUGGAUGCAACUAGGGCUGAACUUGCGUUUGUUGUAUUAUAUUUGAACAAGGCAGAAACCAGGGACAAGAUAUGCAGGGCAAUACAAUAUGGUUCCAAAUUCUUGAGUAAUGGAGAGCCUGGCACGGCCCAAAAUGUUGACAAAUCAACCAGCUUGGCACGGAAGGUUUUCCGUCUCUUCAAGUUUGUCAACAACUUGCAUGCUCUUAUCAGUCCAACUCCACAAGGAACUCCCCUUCCCCUCGUUUUGCUGGGAAAGGCCAAAGAUGCAUUACUCUCAACUUUCUUGAUUCUUGAUCAAAUUGUGUGGCUUGGUAGAACGGGUAUCUAUAAGAACAAGGAGCAGGCUGAUCUAAUUGGCCGCAUAUCUCUUUACUGUUGGCUGAGUUCCUCAGUUUGUACCUCGUUGGUUGAGGUUGGAGAGCUUGGAAGACUUUCUGCAUCAAUGAAGAAGUUAGAAAAGGAACUUAAGAACAGUGAUAAAUAUCAAGAUGAGCUCUACCGGGCUAAACUUAAGAAGUCAAAUGAGAGGUCUCUGGCCCUGAUUAAAUCAGGCAUGGAUACAGUUGUAGCUGUUGGGCUGCUUCAAUUGGCACCCAAGAAAGUCACUCCUCGUGUAACUGGAGCCUUUGGAUUUGCUAGCUCACUUAUCUCCUGUUAUCAGUUGCUUCCAUCACCAGCAAAGUCCAAAGCAUCGUGAAAAGAGAAAGCCUGUUCUCCUCAAUGAGCAUCAAUGUCAUUUCAAUAAUUAUUGCGACUUCAUGAGAUUCAACUUGGUGUGAGCUUUAAGCAAUUUGUCAGCUAGUAUAGUGAUCUUUGCAAUUUCACCUUAAUUAGUGUCUCUACUGCCACAGUUCAUAGUGUUCUUUUACAAUCAAGAUAUUAUAUGUUGUCCGUUAUUGCAUAAUUAAUUUAAUAAUUAGCUGGCAACGACUACACGAUGAUAUUAAGCUUUUUGUUUAUGUGGGGA